AUGCGACUGCUCCUUGCUGUGGGCUUGUUGGAGAGCCUUGUCCUCGCCCACCGGUUUGCAGGUCGCGAUGGCCACAGCCGGGACACAGCUGGAGCACAGGAGCCAGAGCUGGAGAGGCUUAGCAGCCAGGUGGCCGAAUUAAAGAAGAAGCUGCACGACAUGGAGCUGAAGCUGGAUGAGAUGGCGAUGCGACCCCCGCCGCCUGCCCUCAGCCCGCAAGUUCCUGGCCUCUGGCGGGAGGAAGGCAUGGAGGAGCUGUUAGAUGAACUCAAGGAGGAGUUCAUGAGCUAUCCGAACGCCGAGGAGUUCUUUAAGCAGCAGACUGUCAUCCACGGAAGCUGCGAUGCAAAAGACCAGGAUUUCUGCAACAAGAGCGCCGCCCGCCUGGAGGCUGCCCUGAUGGAUCCUUGCCAGGGCUGUGGCUGCCAGAGCCAUCCGACAGUGGAGGAGAAAAGAGAAGCGGCCUUGCGCGCCUGUGUUUCCCAGAAGCGUCGCUUUGUUCAGUGGGCAUCCGUCGUUUGCCAAAGACGCCACAAGGAAGAUCCACUCAAGUCCUUUUACGACUGCAUAUCAGCUGGGAUGAACCUGCUCUUCGCGACGAACGAUAAGGCGCCUGCGCAGGAAUGGGCCAAGGCGCCGAGGCUCAAAAGCAAUCUCGUCCUCUGGAGCCGCGUGACUUCACUUCAUCUUCUCACGGUGCUGAGCGAGAUACCGGAAGGCUUCAUCCUGGGCAACACGCUAUUUGGUGCAGUGGUCGAGCUGCCGGAAGUCGAUCACUUCAGAUGGUGCACGUUUCAGGUACAGCAGCCCACGUGGGCUUCGAACUCCUUGAGCUUGAUCAGCGAAAUGCCGGCGAAUCAGCGAGUCUAUUUUGUCUCGGGCGCCAACCUACUCUCUGACGAAGGGCGGCCGUUCGGCGAGUCGGUGGCUUUUCGUGUGGAGUUACCCAGCCUCGGGCGCUUUAGCGGCCAUGUGGCAGAGUUGGUUGUGCUGAACGUCCACCCAGAGACGAAGAUGGAGCAAUUGGCCACCGCCGUGCGUGUUGCUGUCAAGGUGCCAGAUGACAAGCUGCGCAUCCGAGUCAACGAUUGCAGCCAUUGCAUGGACCGAGUCGGCACCGGAUGCAUCGCGCGGUGCGUGGAUCAAGUGAAAACCUUCCUACCAUCGAUGCUCGAGAAGGUGACCGGGAAUGCAACCGUUCUCAAGCGCCUGAUUGUCAAGGGCGACGCACGCCUUGCUGCCGGACUGGUGAGGAAUGGCGUCAGUUUUGAUUAUCUUCGGAACCUCACCAAGCACGCCAUCGACCCCCAUCUCUUCGUGGCCCCCUGCCUUGGGGAGCUGGCCAAGGACGAUGCCGACCUUGCAGAACGGAUCCUGCGAUCCAUGUCGCUGGAGCAAAAGGACCUCAAUGACUUGUUGUUUGAUUCAGCCUUUUAUGGCGAUGGAGAUGUCAAGCUGUCCAGACUACUGCUACGCCUGGGAGCAGAGGUGAACUCCAUUCGUUCAGGGUUCCGGCCUUCCGGCCUUGGCAUCAAAACGCCCCUCGCAGCGGCCGUGAAAGAGAAUCAUAUAGAGCUCGUGCAGGAAUUGCUGAAUGCCGGUGCGGAAAUCAAUGCAGCAAUUCUAGGAAAAACACCCCUCCACUUCGCUGCCUACAAAGACAUGGCUUUGGUGCUAUUACAUGCGAAGGCGGAUGUCGAUGCCCCGAGCAACUGGGCUCGUACGCCCCUGCACGAGGCAUUGUCUCACUCGCAGGGCAUCAUGCGCAGGGACUUGGUCAGGGCCUUGCUUGAUGCCAAGGCCUCCGUCAAUGUCAGAGACAGUGAGGGCAGGGCGCCGCUCUUCUUGGCAGCGCAGGCCGACGUAGAUGUAACAAAAGACCUACUGCAGGCCGGGGCGAACGUGAACAGCAAAACCAAUCAUUUGGAGACGCCGCUCCACAGAGCUUCUUGGUACGGUUCCAAGGAUGUGGUGAAAGUAUUGCUGGAGGCCAAAGCGGAUGUGAACUCCAAGAACAACGCUGGCCUAACUCCGCUUGAACUCCUGGGACAAGCUGUUAAAGGCGAUGCCUUGGAACUCUCCUUUAGACGAUCGAAGCUUGCUGCUUGGGCGCAUAGGUUUGGAGAUAUUGUGCAGGCACUGGUCAAUGCGAAGGCAGAGGUGAACAGCAGAGACCAAGACACCCUGUCACUCGUGAAAGUGGCCGAACAACUGAAGCGCCUGGACGUGGUGGAGGCCAUGAACAAAGCAGCAAAGCUGGAGAACAGGAAGGCCUUGGCAACAGCUCCCCCGCUCAAACUCUAA